AUGGAUAGCCCAUGGUGUACGAUUGGAGACUUUAAUGUCAUUACGUCAACUGAUGAAAAACAUGGUGGCAUACCCUAUAAUAUGAACAAAAGUCUGGAAUUUAUUGAUAUCAUUGAGGCUUGUGGUAUUAUGGACAUAGGCUACAGUGGUCAACAUUACACUUGGUGUAAUCAAAGAUCCGGUGAAGCAAGAGUGUGGAAAAGAUUGGAUCAAGCCAUGGUCAACGAUAAAUGGUUGGAAUGUAUACCACAAACUACUAUCUCUCAUCUUCCUGCUGUUGGCUCGGACCAUUUCCCUUUAUUAAUGGAAAUGGAGGUGAGAAUAGCCCAAAAAGUAAAAUAUUUUAAGUUUUUGCACUGUUGGACUGAAAAUGAAAAUUUCAAGGAUAUUGUGCAAAGCUCUUGGCAAGAGGAAGUAAGUGGUGAUCCUAUGUGGAAACUUCAUCAGAAAAUGAAGAAAUUGGCUUCUACCUUGAGUACAUGGUCUAAGAGUGAAUAUGGCAACAUCUUUUCAAUGGUUAUAGAUUUUGAAGAACAGGUUAAAAAGGCGGAGGAGAAUGUCAUACAAAAUAAUUCAGAGGAGAACAGAGCCAGACUUCAUCUUAUUAAUGCUCAAUACAUCAAAUACAUGAAGUUGGAAACUUGCAUACUCAAGCAAAAAACUCAGCUCAAAUGGUUCAAAGAAGGGGAUACCAAUUCCAAAUACUUUCAUUCUAUGAUGAGGGGAAGGAGAAAGAAGUUGUUUAUCCACAGAAUUUGCACAGAUGAGGAUACUUGGAUACAGGGAGAUGAGAACAUUGCCAAAGAAGCUUGUAUGUACUUUCAAAAUAUUUUCACUGGGAAAUCAGACAGAAUCAGUGAGGAGGUUCUUAACUGUAUUCCCCGGAUGGUUACAGAUGAGCAGAACCAACUUCUUCAACAAAUGCCUAAUAUGGAGGAAUUAAAAAAGGUUGUUUUCUCCAUGAAUCCUAUCUCGGCUCUAGGUCCGGAUGGGUUUGGAGGGAAAUUUUAUCAAUCAUGUUGGGAUAUUAUUAAGGAAGAUGUUCUAAAGGUUGUGCAACAUUUCUUUUGUGGAAAUAUUUUGCCUAAAUAUUUUUCACAUGCUUGUCUUGUUCUUCUUCCUAAAAUUGAUCAUCCCAAUAAAUUUUCAGAGUUCAGACCCAACAGCUUGAGUAAUUUCUCCAGCAAAAUUAUUUCCAAGAUAUUUUGUUUCAGAUUAGCAGGUAUUUUACCUCAGUUUAUUUCUGAGAAUCAGUCGGGAUUUGUUAAGGGAAGAAGUAUCUCGGAAAACAUUAUGUUGGCUCAAGAGAUCACUCAUCGUAUAAAACAACCCAAUGAAGGUGACAAUGUGGUAAUCAAACUCGAUAUGGCCAAGGCAUACGAUAGAGUGUCAUGGUCGUAUACUUGUUUGGUUUUGCGAAAAAUGGGCUUUGGUGAGAAUUUUAUUGACCUUGUGUGGAGAAUAAUGAGCAACAACUGGUAUUCUGUUAUUAUUAAUGGGUACAGGCAUGGUUUUUUCAAGUCAACAAGGGGUCUCAAACAAGUCGCAAAGAUCACCAAAAGGAUCACGGGAUGGCAAUCAAGGAUUCUUAGUUUUGGUGGGAAGGCUACUAUGAUCAAACAUGUUCUACAAUCCAUUCCUAUCCACACAAUGUCAACUACCUCUCCUCCUAAAACAACUAUCCGGUAUAACAAGAAAGCCAUGGCAGAUUUAUUUUGGGGUUGGGACAAGGAAAAAAGAAAGUAUCAUUGGGCCUCUUGGGAUACGAUGUGCCUUCCUUUGGAUGAGGGAGGUAUUGGUAUAAGACGUCUUGAAGAUGUGUGUGUUUCAUUACAACAUAAACAGUGGUGGAUUUUCAGAAGCAAGCAGACAUUAUGGGGUCGAUUCUUGAGAGCAAAAUACUGUCAAAGGGCUCAUCCGGUAGCAAAAAAACUACACACGGGGCAAUCUUUGGUUUGGAAUUUUAUGAUGAAAAAUAAAGCCAUUGCCGAAUCCCAAAUUCAAUGGAGAUUCAACUCUGGCAGCAGCUCAUUUUGGUGGGAUGAUUGGUUAGGAGACGGCCCUCUUGCUCCUCAAUGCAAUCAUAUCACGAGCCUAAACAACACCACUAUUUCUCAUUUUCUAAUUAAUGGAAGAUGGAACGAAACAUUGCUUCGACAAUGGGUUCCUCCAUUACUGAUUUCAAAAGUUUUGAAUACUGACAUUAAGUUUCAGGAACACAUGCUGGACGAGGCAGUCUGGAAAACUUCUGAGAAAGGGCAGUUCUCCUGUGCUACUGCCUGGGAACACAUUCGUCACAGGAAGGAGAAAAAUAAUUGUAGUAAGAACAUCUGGCAUAAGUUAAUCCCGUUUAAAAUUUCUUUUUUAGUGUGGAGGGCAUUGCGUGGUAAGCUCCCCACUAACGAAAGAAUUAUUAAAUUUGGGAGGGAGGCAGCCCAAUGUUCCUGCUGUUACAGCCCUGGGGAAGACACCAUAGAUCAUAUAUUUGUAACUGGUCAUUUUGCUAACAAUUUUUGGAGGUUCUUUUCUGCAGCUGCAGGGCUGCAACAUGAGCACUCCACAAUUCACACACUGCUGCAGAAAUGGAGGAACCUGGCGCAUGCAACUGAAGUGCAGAAGCUGGCAACCAGGCUGCUGCCAGUCAUUAUUCUCUGGAAUCUCUGGAAAAAUCGCUGCGCAGCAAAAUACGGAGCAAAGCAAUCCAACACAGCUCGAGUAAAAUUCCUCAUAGUCAAAGACUUCAACCAUCUCCUCAACACAGCCUAUCCAUACAUCGAAUGGCCUAACAAUUGGAACUCUCUUAUCGAAAUGGUGGCAAGUUACAAACAUGCUAUUAUGGUUAAAGAAGUAACGUGGGAGAAACCUCAACAACCAUUCCUCAAGCUCAACACUGAUGGGAGUGCCCUUAACAACCCCGGGAAAAUUGGAGGAGGAGGAAUAGUAAGAGAUUAUCAAGGUAAUAUGAUAUAUGCAUUUACUAUUCCUUUGGGUAUUGGUACCAACAACCAAGCGGAAAUUCAAGCAGUUAGCCAUGGUUUAGAUUGGUGCAUUCAGCAUGGAUAUAGAAAAAUACACUUGGAAGUGGAUUCAGAAUUGGUCAUUCAUUGGCUUUCGAAUCAAACCAACUACCCAUGGAACCUAUAA